AAAACGCACCUGGAAAUACAAAGUUAUGUCAACUGUCAAAGUGCGUUUGCCGAUUCCUUUUCUUUUGUCAAAAUAGGCGGAAGGUAGUGCCUCAAGAUGUUGAUGCCAAAACAGAACCGUGUUUCUAUCUAUGAAUACCUCUUCAAAGAGGGAGUCAUGGUAGCCAAGAAAGACUACCAUGCCCCUAAACACCCCGAUCUUGAGAAGAUUCCUAACCUCCAAGUUAUUAAGGCUAUGCAGUCCCUCAAAUCGAGAGGAUACGUCAAGGAACAAUUCGCCUGGAGGCAUUUCUACUGGUACCUUACCAACGAGGGUAUCGAGUACCUGAGAAUCUUCUUGCACCUGCCCCCUGAAAUCGUGCCCGCGACCCUGAAGCGUUCCGUCCGCGCUGAGACAGUCCGCCGCGGCGCUGUCGGCCGCCCUGACGCGCCCGCUCGCUCCGCCGAGGACCGCUCUGCGUACCGUCGCGCACCCACCACACCAGCAGCCCACGACAAGAAGGCUGAUGUUGGUCCUGGUUCAGCUGAUGUUGAAUUUAGAGGAGGUUUCGGACGAGGCAGGCCUGCACCCUAAUAAUUAAGAAUAAAAAAAUUAUGUAAA